AUUCUGAUUUUUCAAAUUAUAGCAAAGUCGAAAUUGAAUUAUUAGCUAGUUUUUAUAGUAAUGAUAAACAAACUAAAAAUAGCAAAAUUGUUACAGCUUUAAUUGAUAAACAAGAAUUAAAACAAGAAUAG